GAAUUCCUGCAUCUCUCAGUGCGUCCUGACUCGUCUUGCCGCGCUGAUCGCUUAACAAAUUCCGUAGCUGAAAAUAUCCCGGAAUAUUUGUUUAUCCACGAAAAAUUUCAAGUGGCUUUGAAUUGAGUUCGUUUUGGAAUUUUUGCAUUUACAGCUGGGUUUUCUUUGAGAAGCAAUAAUGUCGACCACGACAACGCCGGAACCACCUGUACAACAAGUCGAAAAUCUGAAACUUGAAAAUGGGACUGCAGAAAAUGGUGGCAGUAAACCAGCUACUCCACCAGGCACACCGACGCCACCAAAGUCCACUUUGGAGGAGCAGUUUAAACUGUUUGCUAAAUUCGGAGAUCCGAAAUCCGACGGAAAACAGAUUACUUUGUCAAACAGCGACAAAUGGAUGAAACAAGCCAAAGUUAUAGACGGGAAGAAAAUCACGACAACUGACACUGGCAUUUAUUUCAAAAAAUUAAAGUCACUGAAAGUCGGAAUAGUGGAUUACAGAAAGUUCUUGGAGGAUUUGGCAAAAAACAAAAAAGUGGAAUACGAAGAAAUAAAAGGCAAACUGGCAAAUUGCGGACCACCGGGUCAUCACGGUUUAGGAGCGGUGAAAAAUACGAGUACGGUAGAGAGACUAAUGGAUUCUUCUAAAUUCACUGGAACUCACAAGCAACGUUUUGAUGACAGUGGAAAAGGAAAAGGGAUAGCAGGACGAAAAGACCUGGUGGAUACCUCGGGUUACGUGAGCGGAUACCAGCAUAAAGACACUUUCGAUAAAAAACAGUAAUCGACGACUUUGGUAUCGUCUGCAAUAUGCCAUAUUUUUCCACCGAUCAUUAAAAAGGGGGCACCGUAUAUUAAUUUAAGGAGAUUGUCGAUAUUAUGGAUAUUUUAGUAACAAAUAUGUAGGCGCAUAUUUUCAAGAAAGAUUUUUGAGAUUCAAUUGCAUUUAAGUUUAUAUUUACAUUACACAAAUUGUCAUGUACACGCGAAAGAACCCAUAUGGUUACUAUGGAUUAAUUGAAUAACACAGGCACUUUGUACCUACUCAUCAUCAGAACAAUUCUCAGGAUCGAUUCAAUCUAGGCAUGCACGUGUCACUGAAAGCCUGGUGUUCAACCUGGCCGUCGACAACUCUAGCUGUCGGAUUUUUGCUUUAGUUGUGUGAUUUAAAAACUCUAUAUUCAAUUGAUUUGGUAGUUACCAAUAUGGUAGUUCAUUACCAAUAUGGUAGUUCACACACAAAAUCGAAAAGCGUCGAAAAAAAUCCUAGAAACGUCCGCCUAUGGUGUUUGUAAGGUGUAAAAUUUGAAAUUGCUUGAUAAAAUAUUUUCUUUUGACAUUUGUGUUAACUGCAGGGAUAAGAGAUAAUAUCAAUUCAAAAUAUAAUCUGGACCAUAACACGAUAUACCGCAAUAUACCCGACAACGCAUGCGCUUGACAGGACUAUUCUUUCUGUAUUGUGACAUAAAUUUUCAACUUUGAAAUCUACCGACUUAACAUUUCUGUAUUUAUGUAGAUUUUUAUAGGAAGUGAUAUAAUUUAUUAGAUUUUGUUAAUUAAUAAUUAAGUUUCGUUGUCAUUUGAGUAGUUUUUAUAUUUAUGAUGAUGUUUAAUGAUCAUGUUUUGUUUUCUGAACAUAUAUACAUAUAUUUUUUUGGUUACGUUUUUAAUUGAAGACCAAUUAAAAAUGCGUAUACUUUCCAAAGGAUAUGUUUUAAUAUGGUGAAAGCUUAGAAUAUAUUUUUCUUUUUUACAGAUGUCCAGUAUUUUUAUUUUUUCGGCUUAUUUAGAGCAGAAAACGCCCGUUUUUUGUACAUUUUAGUAUAUAAUAAAUAUUAUAUAAUAACAUAAUA